UUUUGUCUCUUUAUUGUUCCAAACACAUUUGCUCUGUUCCUCUUUUUAUGUCUUUUGACCGUUGCUUUUCUCAACGUCUCUCUUCGUUCACACUCACUCUCUCUGAUCAAACCUUCAUCGAACUCGCUCUCUUCAGACAAAUGCAAGCCUGAGAUUAGAUAUAUUAUUCAUAGGGUUUGAAUUUGAAAGUAAGAGAUGGGAUGUUCUCAAUCAAAAUUAGAUGAUGAAGAAGCAGUUAAGAUUUGUAAAGAUCGAAAAAGAUUCAUAAAAGAAGCUGUUGAGCACAGAACUCAGUUUGCAAAUGGACAUAUAGCAUACAUUCAAUCUCUCAAAAGAGUAUCAGCAGCUUUGCUCGAUUAUUUUGAAGAAAAUGAGGCACUUGAAUUCUCAUUCGAUUCAUUCGUGACUCCACCUGCGAAGAACAAAGCCAGUCCUGCAGUCAUUUCGAUAUCGAAACAUUCUUCACCAACAACAAUUGAGUUUGGACCUAAUACUACAACAUUGAAAGUGAAUUAUUUGAGGCCAAGUGGUAAUCCACCGAUUUCAGUCGAGGAAAGGCCUCCAUCGCCCGAAAUGGUUCGAGUUGAGAUGUAUUCUCCAAUGUACCAAUAUGGUAUGGAUGGUUUUUUUGGUAUGCAAUCCCAGCCUAUGAAUGCGUCAAUUUUUGCCUAUUCUCCAAAUAACAGGCCUGUUAUCCCUCCCGCUUCACCUCAGUCUUCUCAAUGGGAUUCCUUUUGGAAUCCUUUUACAUCGUUGGACUAUUUCGGUUACCCUAAUGGAAGUAGCCUUGAACAGAUUGUUAUGGAUGAUGAGAACCGAGGACUGAGGAAGGUUCGAGAAGAAGAAGGGAUACCAGACCUGGAACAGGAAGAAAUGGAUGAUGAACAAGAAGGUUGUGUUGUAAAGAGAAAUGUAGCCGAAGAAAGAACCAAAAUUGAUGUAAACUCCUCCAAAGAAGAAGUCAUGGUUGAAGAUGUUGAUAAACAUAAGGAGGAAGAGAAAGAGAAGGGAACGGAUGCUGAAACCGAAACUGCACAGGAAAUAUCAGACUCAAAAAUCAAUGGCGGCGAGUGUUUUCAAGUAUCGAAAUCUCAAUCUUCAGGUCAUAUGGAAUCUAGCCAUAAAGAAAUGGCAAUUGAUACUGAAGAAGCUAAGGAAAAAACGCCUGGUUUUACUGUUUAUGUAAACCGAAGGCCAGAAAAUAUGGCUGAAGUGAUAAAGGAUCUUGAAUCUCAAUUCACAGUUGUCUGCAAUGCAGCCAAUGAUGUCUCGGCAUUGUUAGAGGCCAAGAAAGCCCAAUACUUAUCCCCUUCUAAUGAACUUUCAGCAUCAAAGUUGUUGAAUCCAGUAGCUCUUUUUCGCUCGUCCCCGUCAAAAAUUAUAACAAAUUUUUCAAAAACUAGGGAUGAAGUUUAUGAUGAUCCAUCAGAGGAACAAUGUGUGUUUUCUGUUAGUCACCAGUCAACAUUAGACAGGUUAUAUGCAUGGGAGAAGAAGCUCUACCAGGAAGUCAAGUCAGGAACACGUGUUCGACUUGCAUACGAGAAGAAAUGUCUGCAACUGAGGAACCAUGAUAUAAAAGGAGAGGAACCUUCGUCUGUGGAUAAAACAAGAGCAGCUAUUAGAGAUCUACAUACACAGAUAACAGUUUCAAUACACUCAGUUGAAGCUAUUUCCAGGAGAAUUGAAACCUUGAGGGAUGAAGAGUUGCACUCACAGCUUCUUGAAUUGUUGCAAGGGCUAGCAAAGAUGUGGAAAGUGAUGGCAGAAUGCCAUCAAACACAGAAGCAAACAUUGGACGAAGCCAAGAUUCUUAUAGCCGGCAUUGAUGCUAGAAAACAGUCUUCUAUGUCGAUAACUGAUCCAUACAGGCUCGCACGCUCAGCCUCCAAUCUUGAAACCGAAUUGAGGAACUGGCGAAACACUUUCGAGUCAUGGAUCACUUCUCAGAAAUCCUACAUUCACGCACUAACUGGCUGGCUUCUUAGAUGCAUGAGAUGUGAGCCUGAUGCAUCUAAGUUAAUAUGCUCUCCUCGAAGGUCUAGCUCUACUCACCCGUUGUUUGGCCUUUGUAUUCAGUGGUCAAGGCGUCUAGAUGCCUUAGAAGAAACAGCGGUGCUUGAUAGCAUAGACUUUUUCGCAGCUGAAUUGGGAUCCUUCUAUGCACAACAGUUAAGAGAAGAUUCUGCACAAAAUGCAACAGUUGGAUCCAAUGUGAAUAUGGAAAUGGUGGAAGUUGCUAAGGUUGGAGAAGAAGUUAUGGAGGUUGCUGUUAAGGUACUCUGUGGUGGAAUGUCUGGUGCGAUGAGCUCAAUGUCAGAGUUUGCUAUUGACUCUGCUAAGGGAUACAAUGAACUUGUUAAACAGUGGGAGAAUGCGAAGUUACAGCAAACUUGCGAGGCCGCAAAAUGAAUACAGAUGCUUACUUUUACGAUUUUAGUUAGUUAGUUUAGCAAUGGUGUUGGUGAAUAUAAUUUAUUUAAGAGUAGGUUUAGACAGAAGAAAAUGAAUAGGAGGGAAAGGUUUUGUGCUAAUCUCUUUUCCUUGGUAGAAUUUUAUUUAUUGUUUAUUUUUUAUAAUUAGGAGAAGGAAAUGAUGAAUUCUCAUGUCAUUCUCAAGACAUUUCUUUAUUA